UUUCAUUGCAGUUUAUAUGACUAAACCUCAUAAAGACUGAAACAGAAAUUUGCAGUAUUUCGUCGUCCAAAAAAUAAAAAUGAAAUAUACAUUUUUUGCAGUAAUUUUGUUGUUCAAUAUUACCAAUAGUUCCGCUCAAGACCCUUGGAAGAAAAAAUGCGUGGAUGGGUUUGAACUGCUUUUCUUUAAAGAACGUAAACAUUACGAAGCGGCAAAAAAAUCAUGUGAAGAAUUGGAAGGUUACUUGGCUAAAGUUGAUAAUGAAAGAAUAACUGCAGCUAUUAAAUCAUUAAUCGACAUAAGUGAGACAGAAAUGGGGUUUUUUAUCGGUGGAACCGACAGAGCUAAUGUAGAAGAUUGGAAAUGGCAGGAUGGUACGGAUGUAAAUAUGAGAGGAGAAACGGGAUAUCAAAACUGGGAGUUAAAUCAACCAAGCAGCGUGAUUUAUAAAAACGACUGUGUGAUAGUUGGCGGAAAAACGUAUCAGUGGACUUCGACAACUUGUGGUCGAUACUAUUUUUACAUUUGCCAAAAAAAAUUUCAAGGUUCUGAAGUUGAAAUACAAACCAAUGUGAACCAGAAAAAGUGUUCUUUGACUGACUGCAGCACUGCAACACAAGUUGAAUGGUAUAAAGCAUCUAACAAAGUAUCAAUGGCAACAACAAGUACAGUCUAUCAAACUAUACAAAAUGGAUUAGCAACAUUGAAUUUUCAAAAUGCAAAUAUUUCCGAUGCGGGAUCAUAUAGUUGUCGUUUUCUUAUUGGUCAAACGUGGAAAAUUGAAACAGAUACAUUGGAAGUGCCUGGAAAACCCACAAUCCAUCAAAUAUUGAAUAACGUCUGCAACUCUAACUUAAACAUUUUAUGGCAACCACAUAAAAAUGCAGUUGCAUUUCCUCACACAAUUAAAGUGAGUCCAUCCAAAAAUGGAUCAACAAUAUGGGUGGAUUCACCGAAAGAUGGGAAGCAAUUAUUCACACUAACCGGUUUGUCUCCUACCACAACCUAUCAAAUCAAAAUUACCGCGUGUGUAACAAAAAAAAAUUGCUCAUCGAAAUAUUCUAUCAUUCGAAGCGCAACAACAGAGGGAGCAUCUUUAACAAUUAAAACGUCGUCUAUUACACAGUACAAGAAAAAUCAAACUUGUGUUAUUGUCUGGUCAUUUCCAAACAAUGUGACAAUUGGUAAAUCGGAAGCUAUGGAGAUCAGCCUAAUAUCGGAAUUAGCAACAUUUCGAGGUUCAAGCAACCAACCAAACAAAAGACUGUUCAAUGUAACAUCGUCGUUGUUGUAUUCAUUUGAACCCGAACCAAAUCACAUUUAUUCUGCUUCGUUAAAAAUAUUUUAUUGUACUGGAGCGAGUCAACCUCACACUGCAAACGGGUCUUGCAUUGGAAAUUCGGGAGCACCUGCAACAGUUUCUCCACUUCGAUUGAUCGGAAAUGACGUUAAUAAAGAUGGAACGAAAGAAAUGUUUUUACCGCGACCAGAUGAAACUAACGGACUUGUAAGUUGCAUGUUAGUGCUCGUUGUAAAAAAUCGAUCGGUAGUUGAUGAUCAAGUUUCAUUGAGCGAUUUGAAAAAAGGAAACGAAUCUUCAGAAUGCGGAGGAUAUAUUGCAAUGGCCAUACCAGUCUCAAGCAUGAACAAGAAAGGAUUGCAAAUCAUACUAGGAGAUAAAUCUACGUCAUCCUGUGACGUAUAUGAUACUGGUAAAAAAAGCUCAGUGAAGAGGAGAAAACGAUCCACACAUGGCGGAUAUAUUUUUGUGGGACAAAACAAACAAUUAUACAAAGAAGAUUAUAAAGCUUAUGUUGUGACUUCAACACCAUCUGUUAAUCAAAUAUACUAUAAACGGAGCCCAGAAAUUACAUUAAAAUGGGCAAAAGAAGUAGAGAAAGAUGCAAACGCGGCAGAAAAAAAAUUGUUCGAAUUCAACAUCGUCAGUUUUCUGAUUGGCUUUCUUAUUCCUACGAUCUUCCUGGUAAUAUGUCUCGUGAUCAUAUGCAGAAUGAACAAAACAAUAAAAACUGCAGAAGCAAAGGAGCAUAAUUACGAAACUAUUCAAGAAAGAGCGAAUCCAACUGCCUCCAACAACUCAGCUUUUCGACCACAAUAUUCGAAUGAGCUGCAGGAAGCUGAUGGGUACUUACAACCUUUACCCAAAGCAAUAACUCAAACACAAGUGGAAUCAGCGUACGAAACUUACAACGUCUAAUAAACUUGCAUCUGUGCUGUAAUCAUAUGUAUAUCACCAAAUAAUAGAAGGUUCGAAACGUUUCAUGUUUAUUAAACGUUCAACAAACUUCAAUAUAUCACCUGUUAUGGUAUUGUCAGUUCAAUCUAUCUGCGUCAAUCAGCUCUUACCCAGUAAAACUUUAUCACCCAACUUAUAAUGAUCUCAGAAGACUAUGUCUAAGUUUUAAUAAUUUCAACGUUAUUUCUUGAUACUUUAAAGCGAUUUCUGCAGAGUUUCAAAUUUCUAGGCAGUUGGGUAUAUGGUUGUCGAUACUAACUUAUGCGUGAUGAUUAAACUUUUAUGCCUUCUUUUUAAAUCCAAAAAUAUAGUUCCAUUUUAUGAUCUUUUCCAUCUAAAUUCUAUCUUCUUCUUUAUUUCUUUAGUCCUAAAUAAGUUUGAGGAGUUUUAUUGUGAAUUAUGCUAUUAUAAUGGUUUUGUAAACAAAGGAUAAUGGAAUUUAAUAUGUGAUCUUGUUGGCUCCAAGCUCAGAGAGCGAAACAUAUAAAAAUUCAUUCAAGAAAAAACGGAAAAUAAAUAUUUUUUAUUUUUGAACAUCUCCAACUUUUUAUUUAAAUACUUGGUUAACAUGGCUUAAAUUUUUGAUUGGAAAACAAGCAAUAAACGGCUUUACCUUUAUAAUUUUCCAAAAUUAAUUUUUCUUGAAACUCUCCCUUUGUCAUAACUUGAGAUUGCAGGUAUUUAUUUAAUUGUAAUUUCAAACAUAUUAUUAGAAAUAUACACAUACAUAUAUACAUGUUUAUACACAUAUUAUAUAUAUAUUCUUGUCUCGAGUCGUUUUCGGAGCAAAAAUGUGGAAUAGUAAAUUCCUACUUAUCAUUGCCACUGCCUUGUACAGAGCAAGAGUUUGAACAUAUCCGUACAUAUUAGUGACUUCUAUAACGCUCUACAUAAAAUAGAUCUUUUUAUUUGUCUUUUCAUUGAGCACAAAAAUACUAUAAAUAUAAAGGAAAUUGAGUUGAUUACAAGUGCAGCAUUGAUUGUGAUAUCGCUAAAAAUAAAUCGAUUAACUGGUUAAAUGCAUGGGCCAGUCAAAACAUUGUUGAAGUAGAUUUUAAAAAGUAUGAAGCAAGAAUUUUGAACUAGUAAUUUUUAAAUGUAUGAUACUAAUUUAGUUAUAGCUGCCAAUACAGUGUGUUUAAUUUUGUAAUUUAUCAAAUAUGAUAAUACAAUAUUUUAUUUGGUGUUUCUCAUGUGUCUCACUUGCCCCACAUCUGUUUCAUUUGUUCCAAAUGUUCCCACACUUUCCGUAUCUUGCUUAGUUGUCUGAAAUAUACAAAUCUCACUUUGUAUGAAUACUCCAAACAUCUGUCAGAGUAAUAUUUACCACUUCAUCGGCUUACUUUUGAAAUUUUUCCACAAUAUAUAUAUAUCCAGAACAGUAGAAAAGGUUAGA